AUGCGCUUCGCUUCAAGCAUCAUCAUAGGCCUUUUGGCUGCCAACGGCCUUGCCCAAACAGUCGCAGACCCAGCCCCAGAACAACAACCCGAACCCUCAGCCAUCGCCGACCCUCAACCUUCAGAACCCGCAGCCCAACCCUCAGCGCCUGCUGCAGAACCUUCGAGUCCAUCAGAUAGCGACGACGAUGACACACCACAAACAAAUGCAGAGCCUACGGCUGUCGCAGAGCCCACAGCAGACGAGCCCGUAGCCACAGGGGAUGCUUCCCAAGUCUCGGACGGAGAUCAGCCUACAGCUACAGCAACCGAUAGCGACGAUGAUGAUGAGGCCACAACAGCAGCUGAGGGAACAGCAACUGCAGAUGCUACUGCUACCGACGACGAUGCCUCAGCUACAGCCACCGAAACAGGCGAUGACGAUGCGACCGAUACUGCCACCAUGACUGCCACCGAGAGCGCCGCCCCAACAAGCACCGGCGCCGUAGUAGAAGUCGAUCUCAAGAACGCCACCAUUGGCGACAACGCAGAACUGAUCAAAGUUGACGGAAAGCCCGCCAUAAAACUCAGCGCUCCCGCCAACGGCAAGGCAACCUUCACCGUACCGGUCGACACCGACAGCGAAAACUUCAGCGACGACGACCUCAUCUACAUUGUCGCAUCCAUCCUCGUGGGCGAAGGAAGCGCUAAACUCCGAAAGCGAGCUACAAAGACGGACUGUACCCUGCAGAUCCAAGCCGGCAGCGCAAACGUCUACAGCGAACCUCUAUAUACCACCGAUGGCAAGUUCCAGGACAUCAAGAGCAACGGUAUUCGGUCUUCGGAUAACCCCGGCGCUGCGAAUGUGCAAGUCACGCAGUCUUGUGGUGACAAGCCUUCGCCUCUCACCGUUGGCAACGUUCGUGCUGGUACCGACAGUGGAAUAAAGUCAAGCUCUGGAUCUGGCGGCAGUGGGGGUUCUGGAGGAAGCGGAAGUGGAAGUGGCAGCGGAGGAAAGGGUGGCAAUGGUAACGGCAGCGGCAGUGGCUCAGGAACAUCUACAGCUGAUGGAGCCAAUGCAAGCGAGACUGGUGGUUCUGGUAACGCCGGAUCCAAGGUCGGAGCUAGUAUCGGGGCUCUUGCUGCCGCCAUUCUGGCUGCUGCUGCGUUUGUUUAG